AUUCGAUUCGUGUUAUAUAUCUCACUGUUAGACAAGUAAUGGAUCUUCUAUUCUUUUGUUCAAGCGACACAGCCUUCGACCGCCUUUCAAUUCUUGCUCAUGGCUCUAACACCGCAUCCUGACGGCUCCACGCCACCCAAGGAGACCCUUUCGGAGGUCCAAACUAGUCCAGCAACCGAUUCUCUAGACUCCAACGCCCCGCUUGGGGAUAGAACUGAGAAUGAGACGGACAGUCCUUCAACGGAAAAGGCAAAGAAACCCGCCUUCAAUCGAGACUGGCGCUUCUGGAUGAUCAUGGUGACGCUCGUCAUAUCGACUCUCCUCUCGUCCCUCGAAUCUACCGUCGUCAUCACCUCUCUCCCCACAAUCGUAGGCGACCUCAAAAUCGGAAGCGACUACAUCUGGAUAACCAAUGUCUACUUUCUAACCAGCGCAUGCCUACAGCCGCUGUUCGGCCAGCUCUGCAACCUCUUUGGGCGGAGAAAUGUCAUGGUUAGCAUCUUUGCGAUAUAUACCUUGGGCAGCGGCAUCUGCGGCGGGGCCAAUGGCGCGGCCAUGCUGAUUGCUGGUCGGGCAAUCCAAGGCAUCGGAGCCGGGGGAGUCGCUGUAGCUGGCGAUGUCAUCAUGUCAGACCUCGUUCCCUUGCGGUACAGAGGCAAUUAUAUCGCCAUUCUUCUUCUUGUUGCAACAGUUGGGUUCGCCGUCGGCCCGUUCAUCGGAGGCCUUAUUGUGGAGAGGACAACCUGGAGAUGGAUAUUUUAUCUUAAUCUCCCCCUCGGAGGAGUAGGUAUGGUGAUUGCUUACAUGUUCCUCAACCUCCAAUGGGAUCGAGAGGAGUCCACAAUGUCCAAACUUCGUCGCAUCGACUACGGGGGCAACGCCAUUCUCUUUGCCGCGAGCGUCUCAAUUCUCAUCGCCCUGACCUGGGCCGGCCCCAUCUACCCGUGGGCCGACGCGCGAAUCCUCGUGCCGCUCUUUUUAGGAGUCGCAGGCCUCGUCGGGUUCGUGCUCUAUGAAGGAUCUGGCAUUCCGAUCGACCCUGUCAUGCCCAUCCGGCUCUUCCCCCACCGCACAGCACGCAUCGUCUACUUUCAGACGUUUCUCAACUCGGUUCUCAUCAUGUGGUGCUAUUACUUCCUCCCGCUUUACUUCCAAGGAGUCAUGAUGUCGUCGCCAUCGAGAUCGGGCGUGCAGAUGCUUCCUAUCGCUCUGAUUGCAAUCCCAGGAGCCGCAGUAUCGUCGCUGAUGCUCUCUAAAUGGGGCAAAUACAAGCUAUUACACAUGAUUGGCUUCUUCCUCCUCAGUCUGGGCGGAGGAAUGCUCGCCCUCCUCAGCGACGACAGCCCUGACGCUGCCUGGGUCCUCAUUCAAUUCCUUCCCGCCAUCGGCUCUGGCUUCUUGCUCAGCACCCUGUUGCCGGCCUUCCAAGCCUCAACCGAGGAGAUCGACCAAGCUGCAGCAACCGGGACGUGGUCAUUCAUCCGCACCUUUGGCAUGGUUUGGGGAGUCGCCGUGGCGGGGACAAUCUUCAACACCUAUACCAAGCAGUAUGCGCACCAGAUUGACAACGAGAUGGCGCGAGAGCACCUGUCCUCGGGCGACGCCUACGCGAGUGCGACGAGGGACUUUCUCCUUCAGUUUGAGCAGCCCGUCCGGGACCAGAUCCGCCACGUCUUCAUGUUGUCGCUGCGAAAGGUAUACGCCAUCUCUGUUGCCUUUGGGGGAUUGGCAUUUUUCCUGGGGUUUUUUGAAAAGGAUGUCCCGUUGCGAAAGGAGCUUGAGACGCAGUACGGGUUGGAGGAGAGAGAAGGACAAGGAGCAGAUUAA